CAUAUUACUUGCAGGCAGAGAUUCAACUAAAUCUUCAGAAGCGAAGAGGACAUGGCCUGUUGUCUGUAAUUCGGCCAAAAUUUAGUGGAGUUCUAGGUGAAGCUUUAGAUGUUGCAGUCAGAUGGAGCGGUGACGUGAUCACUGUUGAGAAAACUAUUCUGGAACAAAGCAAUAGCCGGUAUGAGCUUCAAGGUGAAUAUGUAUUGCCGGGUUCCCGUGACAGAGACCUUGGUCAGAAGGAAGCUGGCAGUUUUUUUAUGAGAGCCAUGACUGGUCAUCUAGGAAGUGUUAUAUCCUCCAUGGGUAGAUGGAGAAUGAGACUUGAAGUGCCUAAGGCAGAGGUUGCUGAGAUGCUUCCUCUUGCAAGGCUUCUUUCAAGAAGUACAGAUCCAGCUGUUCACUCAAGAUCAAAGGAUCUUUUCAUUCAAAGCGUGCAAAAUCUCUGUCUGCAAGCUGAAAAUCUUCGAGACUUGCUCGAGGAGAUACGUGGGUAUUAUACUCCACCAAGUGAAGUCGUUCCUGAAGAUCUAAGUCUUCCAGGUUUAGCUGAGCUCAAAGGUCAUUGGCAUGGUUCGCUUGAUGCUAGUGGUGGAGGCAAUGGAGACACUUUGGCAGAAUUUGACUUCCAUGGAGAUGAUUGGGAGUGGGGGACUUACAAAACACAGCGUGUUCUGGCUACUGGUUCGUAUAGCAAUGAUGAUGGUUUACGUCUUAAGGAGAUGCUUAUUCAAAAAGGAAACGCUACACUGCAUGCAGAUGGGACCUUAUUGGGGCCAAAAACCAAUCUUCAUUUUGCUGUUCUGAAUUUCCCUGUUAGUUUGAUACCUACCUUGGUUGAGGUUGUUGAAUCAUCAGCUACUGAUCUUGUUCACUCUUUGAGGAAACUCUUGUCACCAAUCAAAGGCAUUUUGCACAUGGAAGGGGAUCUUAGAGGGAGUCUUGAAAAACCAGAAUGUGAUGUACAAGUUAGAUUAUUGGAUGGUGCUGUUGGUGGUAUAGACCUUGGACGAGCUGAAGUUUUUGCUUCUCUUACAUCUAACAGUCGUUUUCUUUUCAACUCCAACUUUGAACCAUUUGUCCAAAAUGGUCAUGUCCAUAUACAAGGAAGUGUUCCUGUUAGCUUUUCGCAGAAAAAAUUGUCUGAGGGAGAAGACAGCGAAACAGAUAGAGGUGGUGCAGUGAAAAUCCCUAGUUGGGCAAAAGAAAAGGAAGAUGAUGAGAAGAGAACCUCAAGGGAUAGGAGCGAAGAGAGAUGGGACAGCCAACUAGCUGAGAGUCUCAAGUGUCAAUGGCCAUGUAAAAGGGAGAUCUUCCUCUAG